AUGGGCUUAUGUUUGUCUGCUGAAGAAAAAGAAUCACGGUUACGGAGUUACCAGAUUGACAAACAGAUUGAAGAAGACAGCAAAAGAUUUAAGAAAGAAUGGUCAGGAGAAUCUGGAAAAUCGACAAUAGUUAAACAGAUGAAAAUAAUACAUCAAAACGGUUAUACUAAGGACGAGUUGGCACUAUAUCGAAUAACAGUAUAUAAAAACCUUGUUGACUCCGCACAAGCCAUUAUUUAUGCUAUGAGAAAAUUACGACUGGAACCUCGAAGGUCGGUGAAUAAAGCUAUGACCGAAAAAAUUUUGGAUUAUUAUGUCGAAUCCGACCCAUCUUUCCAAUUAAGCCCAGAAAUGGUAGAAGCUAUUGAUUCUGUGUGGCGUGAUCCAAUAAUAUCGGAGCUUAUGGAAAAACAAAAUCAUUUCUAUUUAAUGGAUUCGGCGCCCUAUUUUUUUGCAGCAGUAAAACGAAUUGGGGCACCGGGAUACAUUCCCGAUGAAGCAGAUGUUCUUCGAGCGAGAACCAAAACCACGGGUAUAUCAGAAACAAGAUUUAAUAUGGGACAACUAAGCAUACAUAUGUUUGAUGUAGGUGGUCAAAGGUCAGAACGAAAAAAGUGGAUUCAUUGUUUUGAAGCUGUAACAUCUAUUAUCUUUUGUGUCGCACUCAGUGAAUAUGACCAAGUUUUAUUGGAGGAAUCAGGCCAGAAUAGGAUGGCAGAAAGUCUUAUAUUAUUUGAAUCAGUAAUCAAUAGUCGAUGGUUUUUACGAACGUCGAUUAUUUUAUUCCUCAAUAAAAUUGAUUUAUUCCGAGCAAAAUUACCUCGAGUACAUCUUGAACAAUAUUUUCCCGAUUAUUCCGGCGGAUCAGAUAUUAACAAAGCUGCUAAAUAUAUAUUAUGGAGGUUCACACAAACUAAUAGAGCACGACUAAAUAUAUAUCCUCAUCUCACACAAGCUACAGACACAUCAAAUGUAAGUAAUGUUUGUAUUUUACUUUAA